AUGCUUUCAGUUUUCGUCUGCUCACUUGAACAAUCUAACGAUGGAAUAUGUGCAAGCGCCACAUGGGUGUCAGAUGCUGUUACUGUAGCAGGAAAUCAUGGCAAUGGCUCGGGACUCGAUCAAGUAAAUCCCAAUUAUUUACAAGUUGAUUACCGUGAUGGUUCGAUAUAUAUUACCGACUGGUGGUUUGACAGAGUUGUCAAAUGGACAGCAGGAGCUUUGAGUGGCCAAGUAGUAGCUGGAGGAAAUGGUAGAGGAAACGCAAGCAAUCAAUUAGGCGGUCCUGUGGGUAUUAAAGUUGACAAGAACGAAACGUUGACCAUUUGUGAUGCGCAGAAUAGGCGUGUACAGCGAUGGAAGAAAAAUGCUUCCAGUGGAGAAACUAUCUUGGCGAAUACUUCGUGUCGAGGAAUAGCAUUGGACGAUGGAGAUGCACUCUAUGUGGCCGAUUGGAGUCUGUUUCGAGUGGUGAAAUGGCAGGCAGGUAUACAAGAAAUCGUUGCUGGCGGCAAUGGUCAAGGAACUGCGCUCAAUCAAUUGAACAGUCCGUUUGGUCUUUUUCUGGAUAAAAACCGAACACUCUAUGUAGUAGAUCGAGCAAAUCAUUGGGUUACUAAAUGGGAACUGGGUGCCAAAGAAGGCAUUAUUGUGGCAGGUGGUAAUGGUCAAGGCAAUAAUUCGAAUCAACUGAAUUCUCCAACAGGAGUUUUCAUUGAUACUAUGGGCACUGUUUAUGUAUCGGAUAGACUUAAUCAUCGUAUUAUGAAAUGGCCAAAAGGAGCUAAGUCAGGCAUUGUCAUCGCUGGCGGAAAUGGUGCUGGUAAUGGAACAAAUCAGUUAAAUGGAGGCUAUGACUUAUCAUUUGAUCGUUAUGGUAAUUUGUACGUGUCGGACGAUGGUAAUUUUCGUAUACAGAAGUUCAUGUGUAAUGGUGAGUUGUCUUCUGAAAAUUGA